AUGGUUUUGGAUUUUUUAAAAGGUGAAAAAGUUAAAUAUGAUCAAUUACCAGAACCAAAUGUUGUUGGUGAAUUAAUGAAAAAUAUUAAAGAACUUGCUGAAUCUGAUAAUGAUAUCAUUAGAGAAGCUGCUAGAAAAUUCGGGGUAUUUGUUCCAACAGAGUUUGGUAGAGUGUUAUUAUUCACAUCACUAUCAAAGAAAUCAGUUUUAAAACCUUAUAUAAAAAAAAUACAAACUCUUGUUGAAUUAUUUAUUAAAUUUUUUAAAUUGGUUUCAAAGUUUAAUAAAGAUGCAACUGAAAUUUCACUUGACACUCACCAUGAAAAUUUAAAUUUAGAGAUUAAAUCUGAUGUUUAUGAUUUGGAGAAAACUCACUGUCAAUUGAUGCUAUUAGCUAAUGAAUUAAUUGAAGAUAUUGAUAAAAGUAUCAAUGAAUGUAAAAGAGGUGUUCUCUCUCAGAAAUCAAUAUUACCAGAGAGUGCCACUUGUAAUACACCAUUAUUAUUAAAAAACCAAAAUCAAUUCUCAAAUGAACAUAUUCAAAAUCUAACCAAAUGUAUAUUACAAAGUAAAAGUAUUCAAGCUCCAAGUAUUAAAAAACUAAUUGAUAAAAACAAUUUAAAGAAAAUAGUUUUAAAUUUUGGUGGUAUCUUUUUUUUAAUAAUUGGUUGUGCAACUGUUAUAAUUGGUGCAGUUUUUGCUCCAUUUACUGCAGGAAUUUCAUUAUUCUCUGCAUUGGCUUCAAUUUUCAUGAUCGCUGGUGGUUCAUUUUCAUUUGUUAGUGGAAUCGUUGUUGAAGCAUUAGGUAAUAAAUUCUUUAUUGAGAAGGAACUUGACCUUAUCAACUCUUUGGAAACUUUGAAAUUAAUUAAAUUGGAUGUUGAAAAUAUGCUUCAAUCAUUUGGAAACAAUACAAUAUUGGUUGACCAAAUUUCUAAAAAUUUUAAUAAUUUCAAAAUUGGUGAAUUUCUAUCAAUAGGUAUACUUUGUGGUAUUUGUAAUAACGUUUUAAAAGAUCCUUUAUUUUUUGAAUAUGAAAUAAAUAAAACUAAAAACUUUUGCAAAGAUUGUAUAACACAAUAUUAUAAAUCUCAACAACAAUUAGGUGGUAGUGAUAAUGAUGAAGAUUUAUUCAAAUUACCAAAUUCAAAUUCUCAUACCUAUAAUUUAAAAAUUUUAAAACCUGCAUGCAGUUCAUUUAAAAGUUAUAUUAGAAAUUCUGAAGAGAGAUAUGAUAAAUGGGAAAGAAAAUUAUUAUCAAUAAUUUCUAAUAAUAGAAUUAAUAAUCUAUAA